AUGCCUGACCUAGAAGAACGGAUGGAGGAGAUGCCAGAGGAUCUUUAUAAGGAGAUUGCCCGUGAGGUCGAUCGGAUGAUCGGCACUUAUUUGACUCUGUCAGAGAGUGAAACUACCUUUAGGAUGGCUAAACGUAAGCUUUUGGAUGAUUACGAAGCAUUUGAGAGAGAAAGAGUGGCUGGAAGGAGAGUAAGAAGGAGGAUGGACGUUCCUGAAAUUGUCAUUCAAUCUCCGUCUUCUGGAAGUCUGCCCGAGGAAAGUCCCGUUCACGAGGAAGAAGUACAACAAGAGGGUGAGCCGGAUAUGGCCAUGCUAGGCUACAACCCGACAGCAACGCACAUGAGCCCAGUACGAGAGCGGCCCUCGCCCACUUCUCCCGAUAUCGCUCUCAACUUCGAGGACUUCAGACUACCGUCAUCGGAACAGAGUAGGGGGAGUCGCGGAAGUCCAUCCAGUCUAGGCUUUUUGAACAAUUACUCCUCUUCACCACUGGCGCGGCCGUCGAAUCCGACGCCUCGUCGUGGUCGAGGCGGUCCUUACAGCAGCGACGAUACGCCUUCGCCACAACGCCUGGGCCCCAUAGACCUUUCUAGUGAAGACAUGCCUUCUGGAGAAGACGAACAGCCAGUGGGCCGUCCAUUCAAUCCUACACCUCGCCGUGCCCAAGGUUCUACAUAUGUACAAGUCGACACGCCACGGCCGAAGACUGCGCGUGGGAACAGAUCCGACCUGGAUCUGAACAGUCAUGACAUUCAUACUCCUGUUGUCUCUCAAAACGACGAUGUACCAGUGCAUGGAUCACCUCGACCGCUCAUCACCACCAGGGACAUCCGUGAGCGUCGCGAAAAGGAACGUGCGUCAAAUGCCGUGAAGACGACUCAAAGGCCCCGUAACACUAUUCCACUACAGCAGCCGCCCAGCGCAAUGGCUGUGAGAACCCAAGGGAAAGUUCCCGGGCACUGGCUUCCCUCCAUACGAGAAGGCCUAUCUCCGCACGUGAGUCCUGCGGUAGACGCUACACAAUACCGUGUUGCAGAAAGUCGCAAGCUUGAUAGACAGCUUCAGGACGAGAGGAACGAGCGUCGCCAGUUCAGGAAGCAUAUACCGCCGAUUGGUGAUCAGCCGCGUGAGGAUGAAGAAGAGCCACUCGCUGAGGCAGUGGAGCCGCGAAGGCAUGAAGCACCUCCUGAGCCCAGUCAAAGUGAGAUACCAUCCAGAUUCGCAUCGAUCGAUCCAGAAGUUGAUGAAGAUGAUGAUAUGGUGCAUUUCGAAGACGCCGCCAAACAUUCCACGUCAGCAGGACUUAUUGCAGCCGCUUCACCAGCGGUCCGCCACGACAACCCAUUACCUGCUGCUGCGACUCAAUCCUCCUCGUCAAGAUCAAGGCCAUCACCUCCGGCAGCGACCAAAAGCCAAUCGCGAAGGUCGGCGGCUCCAAGUCCACCGGAGAGGACUACGAAGAAAGCGGCGAAAAGGCCAGCAGCAAAGGCGCAGGCUAAGACACCUGCGAAGACACCUGCGAAGAAACCUGCAAAGACGCCUGCGAAGACACCUGCGAAGAAACCUGCAAAGACGCCUGCGAAGACACCUGCGAAGACACCUGCGAAGACACCUGCGAAGACACCUGCGAAGCAAAAGGCUCCGCCAACGACCGGGACGCGGAAGAGUGGAAGAAUUGCAAAGUUGAAGGAUGAGAAGAAGUGA